CUAUACCUCCGGCGGACGGCGCAAUCGUUACGAAGCGCGUCGGUCUGCAUCGGCGGGCAUGCGCACUGCACCCAGCCGAUCAUUCAGCCUAGAGGGAAGUGAGGAGAAACGACGCUGCUCGGCGUGAGUAACCGCCCGCCUCGCCGCGCCACCCGCACCCACAGUCCUCGCGCCGCGCCGGUUCUGCGCGCUCCACGGUAACCGCAUCAUGGUAAUGGAUAACCGAACGAAUGAAGAGAAUCAAAAUGAACAAAAUUCCAGUAUAUUUAUUACGAACUUUCAAAAUGGGGAGACAUUGAAUUACUCCUUGGUUCUUAUAAGAGGAUUAAUAACAUCUGGUGCAUGUAAUAAUAAUGAAAAAAUAAGAUGUAUAACUUACCACAACGGAAAUGAAAAUGAAUCUCAAUGGGACGUCUACAACAGAGAAUUCAAAACAAUAAUCGAGCUCAAGCGAGGAGAAAAUGUUAUUGAUUUACAUUACUUAGACCAACAACGAAAGACAAUCAUUUUACAUUAUGAACCUAGAAGAACCAAUUUCAGGGUAACUCCUCUGUAUAUUAUAUGUCAAGGACAUGAUGGAUGUUUUCAGUGUCCUCCAGAUGCCGAUAACUCUAUUGAAAGUGCUUGUUCUCGUAUAUCAAUAGGCGCUAAGCUAAUUCAAAGCGUCACAGCUGAAAAACUAUUUGAAAGUGGAUUUGGAAGAAAAACUUUUCAGCUUGAACAUGAAGUUAAUCAAAAGAAACCCGAAUGCAUUGUAUUUAAAAGCAAUCUCAACGUAAAUAAAGCAAGAAAAAUGAGACAAGGGGAGUUAUGGACAUAUUUUGGAAGAGAAAUUAUGCUCUCAGAGUUAGGAAGCAACGAAAGAAAAUAUUUAGGAUUUAUUUCUUGUACAAGGUUUAAAGGAACUGAUGUGGAUAAACCCAUGACACAUGAAGAAGCAGUUUCAUUCACUGAAGGAUACGCAGCAUUAGGAGGUGGAGGUUUAGCAUUGUUUGGGACUGCUUGUUUGUAUACUUGGCCAGCAUCUGUAAAAGAAAUUAUUCCGAAAUUACUAGACAGUUCUCCAGUGAAUUCGCGGCGUUUUAUGGAUGACAGUGGAUACAGAGGUACAUUAGGAGGAUGUUUUGCUACAACACUUGGCUCUGUUUUUCAUGAACUCGGUCAUACAUUUGAUCUUGGUCAUACAAAAGAUGGAAUAAUGGGAAGGGGUUUCGAUAAUAUUGAACGCGUAUUUCUAGUUGGUGAUAAAAGAUCAACUUUGGUUAAAGAUAACAUGAACAACUAUAAUGGCAAACCCGUGCAACAUUCUACGGUGUCUCUUCAGCGUAAUAUAAGCGUCACCAUGAAUGUCGCAGAACCGUUAAGAGUGUUAGGACCCCGAAGUAAAACUACAUUAGGGAAUUUUGCUUCAAUGACAAAGUCUGAUAUUGUAAGACGAAGUGCAAAUGUUACUCCGAUAACAAGGCCUUCUAGUGUUUACUCAACUAUAACAAAUAGACUUUCGGAUUCCAAGAGAAACUUAAACAAAAAUAAUGGCAACGAUUCAAUUUACUGGACGAGAAAUUGUGCUGUUCUUUUAUCAUACCAUAGAUGGUUUAAUAAUGAGUAUGGUAGGGAAAGGCAAGCAAUAACAAGAUAUUUAAAAUUUGAUAAAAACAAAAUGAUGAUAAUAUCCACAGCAGGAAUAAGAAUAGUCGAAGUACGAGAUGAAUCUAAUGGUAUGGUUUUGGAUUCAUAUGAAUUUACAAAUGUUUUACCAGAAAAACGAUUUUUAGUACCGUUUACGUUUUCGCCUAAAACCAAAGUAUUAACGAUAGUAGUUGAAGAUGAUCUUGGAAAUGUUUUAAAGCAAACAUUUUCAUAUUAAGACCAAUAAAGUGAU